AUGGAGACCGGUGUACUGGACGCAAGCAACCCCUUCUCAGUAGAAGGCAACAACCUGGACCCAGACCCAUGUGACGCUGCCGUUUAUGACAUCCCGGACCCCGGGCUGCUCAAAGAAAAAAAUGGUGAGGCCUCACUCAGGCACAGGUUGUGUCCGCCAGGAACACAACGCUUCCCGGGAAGUCCCCUAACCCCCAGGGCCCUCCAGAGGGCCGCCAGCUGCCCACGACCUCCAGGGUUGGGAGCCCACAGUCCACUCAGUGACAGUGCUUCCACCGCUGGCCCCGCAGAGCCGUCCUCGGAGCUGGUCCCACAGCUUUUUACCAGGAGCUCACUGUGGCAAAACAUGACCCCACGCACCCGUGCCCGCCAGCUGUGGUUGCUCCUACGAACAGGCCUCCAUGACUUCGUGGAAAAGGAAAAGAGAGCGGAGCUGCGCAUGGCAUGCUUGACGCACGGACUGGAACCACUGUGUCGCCUGGAGGUGGCAGCCGGGCUCUACUCGGUGGCACAGGACCCAGUGGGUAGACGCUUUGUGGUGCUGGACGGCGCGGGCUGCCUGCACCUGCACAGAGAGGACGGCUGGGCCCAUGAGAAGCUGCUGGCCCCCAUUGCACUCACAGGGCUGGUGUCAGUGCUGGGACCGCUGGGCUCUGUAGGCCGAUUUGUGGGCUGGGGCCCUGCAGGGCUGACCAUACUAAGGCCCGACCUCAGCCUGCUGUGGCUGAGCGAGCCAGGGGUGGGCAGGGCACCAGGCCGUGAGCCCAUCUGCUGCCUUCCUGUGCCUGACUUGGGGUUGCUGCUAGUGGCAGAGGCAGGUGGCAGCCUAGCACUCUGGAAGUUCCGUUCAGGGGGUCGCAGUCUGGUGCCACGAGGGUCACCUCUGCAGCCUCCGCCAAGCUCCACGGGUGUGCUUGGGCGUCUGGCUCUGGGGCCCCUGGCUCCCCACCACAACAGGUGCUGCUUUGCAGCCUACGGCUCAGCGGUGCUCACCUUUGAUCUGCACACCUGGUCUAUCACAGAUAUGCGCAAGGAUCUGCACAAAACCACCAUCUCUGACCUGGCGUACUUCAGAGAGGUAGAGGCAAUGGUGACAGCUUCCCGAGACACCACGGUGAAGGUGUGGGAGGCUGACUGGCAGAUCCGGAUGGUGUUCGUGGGCCACACAGGUCCAGUGACAGCUAUGGCCGUGCUCCCGAACACGUCCCUGGUGCUGUCGGCCUCGCAGGACGGGACGCUGCGCACAUGGGACCUGCAGGCGGCGGCGCAGGUGGGCCAAGUGGCGCUGAGCUGCUGGGGCCAGGACGUGCGGUCUGGGCACGUGAACCGCCUGCUGGCGCCCGCCAGCCCAGGCUGGCCGGUGCUCUCCUUGCGUGCAAGCAGCGUGGAGCUGUGGUGGCUGCGCGAGCUCUAUUCGUCAUUGGCGCAGCUGUCUGCGCCGGUGCUCCAUCUGCAGGUGGCGCCGGGGCUGCCCUUACCCCUGCACCCGCCGCUGCCCGCGCGCCUCGUGUGCGCAUGCGCCGACGGCUCAGUCUACCUCGUGUCAGUUGCAACUGGGCGUACCGUGAGCGCGCUGUUGCUCCAGCGCGACGACUGCGCGGCUGCUGUGGCCUACUGCCUGCCGCGCGAACAACUGUGGCUGCUGACACGUACUGGACACCUAGUGUGUGCCAACGCGGCGCGCUGCCCCAUGAGCGUGCUGCACCGCGUGUGCCCGGCGCCGGCACCGGCACCCAGGCCCUCCUGCUUGCACCUCUACAGCCACCUCACAGACGCCCGCAGUGCGUUUUCCGGCUGGGAGACUGUGCGCCAGCACGGGGGCGAGCUGUGCCGCAGCAUCAGGGCCUGGAAGGACAAGAACCGGUACCUGCCUGUGGUGGGGCACACGGAUGGCACACUGUCAGUGCUCGAGUGGUGCGCGUCAAAGAGUGUCUUCCAUACAGACGCACACAACCGGUGCCCCGUCACCGCCAUUGCGUCUACCUGGAACACCAUUGUGUCCUCAGGUGAAGAUUUGACCGUGAAGCUGUGGCGGGUCUUCCCAUAUGCUGAGGAGAGCCUGAGCCUGCUGCGCACCUUCUCCUGCUGCCACCCCGCUGUGAUGCUCUGUGUGCUUGGGAAGCGUGUGACCGUGGCCUUUGAGGAUCCAGACAGUGCCACCUACGGUUUGGUACAGUUUGGCCUUGGCAACGGCCAGCGCUACGAUCACGGGCCCCAGGAUGACCCCACGGACCAUAUCACCGGCCUGUGCUGCUGUCCCACACUCAAGCUGUACGCCUGUUCCAGCCUGGACUCCACCAUCCGCAUCUGGACAAUGGAGAACCGCCUGCUGCGGCUCCUGAAGCUGAAUGGUGCCCCCCAGGCCCUGACCUUCUGCAGCAACAGUGGGGACCUGGUGCUGGCGCUGGGUUCUCGCCUCUGCCUGGUAUCUCACAGGCUCUACCUGCCCACGUCCUACCUGGUUAAGAAUCUGUGCGGGAAGGUCCCUGAGGGGAUGGAUGACCCUCCGCUGCCACUGACGAGCCAGGAGUCGCUGACUUCAGCCCAGCUGCAGAGGCUCCCCAACCUGCAUGGGGUGGCCAGCCUCAGUGCAGCCUUGUCAUUCAUCCAUCUCCAAAAGGCAGCACCUCAGCAGCCGCUGUUGGAGGAGGACUUGGAAGCCUUAGCUGUCCGGGACCAAGACCUUCAGCAGCUGAGCCUGGGGCUGGUGGUCCCAGCAGCCCAGCCCCCACCCUCCUGGCAGCAGAGCCAGGAGGCCUUUGAUAACUACCUGCGUCUGAUCUAUGGCCCAGGCCUGCUGGAUGUACAUUCUGGGACAAAGCCCCAGCGGAGGGGCACUGUGACUUUCACAGUGGAGAGAGACACCUGGAAUGUAUGUGCCCUGCCUGGUGCUGCCCCCAGUCUCAGAAAGGCUGGGGUAGGCACUGAAGCCCCCACAACACCAACAGCCCUGCCCACACAGCACCGGGGAGCCUUGGGUCAGCGUAUUGCCCGCCCUCCCCGAGUCACCUUGCCCAUCCCACCUACCCACCAGGGGGUGCACAGCAGGACAUCCCAGGUGAGGUCUCCCACCCUUUGCCCUGACAGCACGCCUGACCCUGCCCCUCCCCCUGUGACUUACUCCCGUGCCUCACUGCUGGCUGAGUCCUCCCUGAGCUGUGACCUGGGGCUCAGUGUGAACCUGCAGCUACCGCCGUGGUGGGGGUGGGAGGCCUGUGGCCCUGGACCCACCUGUAGCACAGGAUCUCCCUGCUGCUGGAACAGCGGCCCAAGGACCUUCUCUCCACCCUCGGGGGCUUCUUCCCUGCCACCAUUCAACCCUACAAGGUGGCCACUGAUCCUUCCCGGGCUCCCUGCGCUUCCCCUGACUGCUGAAGGCUCUCUGCCUGUGUGUGGUGGACGGGGUGGGAGCCCAGCUCAGUUCUGGGGGAGCCGGCAGCCUGGGAUGCGGUGUCAGGGAGGUUUCUGGGCUGGUGCUGAGUUCUGGUUCUCCGCCUGCCCUGUUGUGCUCCACCUCCAGUACUCACCGCGGCCCAUCCACUUCCCGGGCUGGAUCCCCAACUCCGUGGUGCUGCAGCAAAUGUGGCUUCCUGGGGAGAUCGGGGGACCUGGAGCCCUCAGCCAGCUCACUAGCGUCGGCACACUUAAGCCUGGCGGGAGUCAGGACGACCUGUGGGGCAAGCGGCGCCACACCAAGUGGUCCCAGAAGCUGAUCCAGUGGUUGGGUGAGGAGGAGGGCGAGGGCGAAGAUGAGGACCAGGAGUUGGAUCUGGACUGGACCUCAGAUUCCCUGACACCGCAGACGCAGCUCUCCACUGAGCUACUGGAGUCCGAGGAGCCCGCAGCUCAGAGCUUCCAGUCCUGGACUGGGAGGCGCUCCAGCAACGAUGACACCAGGACUGAGACCUACUUCCGCCGCCGCCGUCGGUACCGCUACAAGAGCUCGCUCUGGAAAGAGCGCUAUGGACAUCUGCCCAGUUUCCUACGUUUUUUCUACGCCCAGAACUGGUUCAAAAAGCUGUUCCCCAACUUCAGUCUGAAGGCGUACCCCGGGGUGGGCACGGUGGAGGGCCUGGCCUCCAUGCUCAUGGACAGGCUGGAAAAGGCCUCAUGGGCGGACCGUGUGCACAUCUUGCACGCACUGCUGAGGCUGCUGCCCGACGUGAGCAGAAACCUCUGUGGCCAGUUGCACUGCAUCCUCCUGCACCUGCUCAAUCUGGACCAGCCCCCUUGCCUCCAGGACAAGACGCAGAAGCAGUUCGUGAUGUUGGCGCUGCAGUUGCUCCUGGCCUGCUCCCUGGAUUCCCGCGAGGUGGUGCUGGAGCUCAUGUCCUACUUCCUCUGCUCACCAGCUGCCUGCUGGCCAGAGCUCAAGAAGCUGCUGGACGGGCUAGGCCUUCAGGACCCGGAAGGCUUCCUAUUCGAGGAGAUGAAGACGUGGGUCGGGGGCCCGGACCUCGACUCCAAGUCCGCACUGCGCAAUCGCUGUUUCCAGAAGCUGGAGGAAAUGAUCCAGCCCCUGCAGGUCUGGGUGGGCAGGGUGGGGCGGGCCAUCUGCCCCUCUGUGCCUCCCUGUCCACCCCGGGUACCCCACCUCUUCCCAUCUUCCUCCUCCUCCGUGGGAGGGAGUCUGGGAGCCAGGAACAGCGCAACCGGCCUCCCAUUGGGGCCAGGGCAGCCUCUGCCUUGGACCCUGGUGCGUCCUCACUGGCCACGUCCCCCACAGAUGGAAACCUUGCAGCCUUCAUUAGCCCAGUUGUUGGACAUGCUGCCCAAGGUCUCUGAGACUUCGGCACUUACGCCCCCUCCCAAGGAGGCGCUGUCUCAGAUUUCUGUGGUAUCCGAGGCACCUGCUCACAUCUCCAAGACACCCUCAAGCAUCUCCUGGACGCCCUCACUGGUGGUCUCGCCUGGGGAGCCAGGCUUGGCCACACUGGAGCCCCGAGCCCAGCGGAUGCUGUCAGAGAUGCGCCUCCAGCGGACCAGACGCCCACUCUCUGAGGCACUGCUGCCCUUCUCCUUGCCUAAGGCCCGCUUGCGCUCCUCCAUGCCGGCCACACUGCCUGACCAGACACUGCCACUGGAGCAGACGCCCUGGUCAAAGUCCAAGAUGCUGGACCUGGGGCCAAUCGACGCGCUAAACUUCUUCUGCGAGCUACAGCGGUUGAGGCAACGGGGCACCCUGCAGGAGCCUGAGAGCCCGUCCCUGAGCCCAUGCUCCUUGCGCAUGCCAGCACCCAGCCUGGUGGUGCCACAGCCCCGGGAUCGCCUGCACCCCCUCCUACGGCUUCAGGAGACCAAGAUCCAGAGGUCUCCAAUGAGCCUGAGGGGCCAGAUGGUGUCCCGGUUCUGGGAGGGCCGUACCCUCAACGGCUCCAUCCGGACACUGAAGCUGCCACUGCCACGAGUGGACCUGCAGCCUUUCCCCCCGGACUGGCCCAGGCCUGCCCGUCCACUGCCCCCACCGCUUCUACAGCCUUCCCUGCAGCGCUACUUCCUGCCCGACCACGCGGACCCACACAACUACAGCUGACCUGGCUGGCUGCCGUGGUCCCACGCCAUUCCCAGCCUCCGCUUCCUUCAGCUUUACACAGAUGUUUGCUCCUGGCCAAGGCCCGGAGCUGGAAUAAAGUCCAGAGGCUAUGGUCAGAAAAUUGGGUGCCGCCUCUGUGUCUGGAGCCACUGGGGUGGGCAGGGAGGUCUGACUUGUGUCAUGACCUGCCAUUGGCCAGUCGUGUGUGCAAGGCAGGAGUCGGGCACGGUGGAGUUGGUGGGACAGGAUCUGGGGUGUGGUCAGCACACAGUGGGGGAGGGCUGCUGCUGGGAGUGGGCCCAUGUACCCGGAGCAGGGACCCGUAAUGUGGGUGUGUCCCUG